CGACCGACCGAUCUACCACGACUCAUUAUCAACAUCUCUAGAUGACGCACGCCCGUGUGAGUCAGGGCAGAAAUCUUUAUGGAACGCGCGAGUGGAAUUUUUCAUUUUGUGGAGCAGAGUUUUGUCGUGUCGAUUUGUCUCGGAUUCGCUCGGUUGGGAAUUAAAAAGGUCGAUCUCUGUGGUGUGCUUCUCCUUCGCGCCCUCUGUCACCUGGCAAAUGAAUUCUUCGCUUCCCCUUUCGCCUUCAGCAUCCCACAGUGCGGAGCCUGUUCUCCCCUCGCUGCCAUCGGAUGAUUCCGGCCUGAUCGCCAUCCGGUCUCCUGGUAGCGUGGACGACGCAUCACCGCCCCCAGGUGCCACUUGCAUGAACGACCAUGUGCAGGUGUGGAACGCAUGGCUUUCGGUCGACCAGAACGACCGGGUGCAGGGUGGUGCGGCGAAGCUGCCGCCCUGCGGUGGCGACCUGUGGAACAGCGCGUUGGACGCUUUUAUCAAGGGAAUGCAGCAGUUGGACUUGCAGGAUGCGGAGGAUGAUGAUGCCGGCACCGCGCCAGGGAAGAGGAAAAAACGCACCAUGCAGAACCCGGAGCUGCUUCGUGUGGAGCCAACGGCCCCGCAGAAUGCGCCGGAAACCCGUUGGGCCAUGGUUGAACGCCUUCUGCAGACACUGCUGCACGUCGGAUAUUGCCACAGUGAUACCUGCAGCGUACGCGCCUGUCAGAACAUAAAACGCUUAAUCUCCCACACAAGGACCUGUCAACUGAAAUUCACCGAGGAAUGUUCGCUCUGCUGGCCGCUGAUCGCGCUGUGCUGUUACCACGCCAAGCAGUGCAACGAGUGCCAAUGUCUCGUGCCUUUCUGCCAAGCGAUCCGCCCCGAAUGGGAACAGCAGCGCCGUGGCCAGGAAGAGGUCGUAGAAAACUUGGGCGGCCAGUCACUUCCACCGCCGUCGGAAGGUGUGCCGGCGCCCUCGAGGGGCGGUCAGUCGGCAACGGCGUAUCAGCAGUCGGUGGAAGUGAAUUCUCCGCCCAAUACCAGUACUCUGUCGACGCUGGAUGGCGGCGUGCCGCAGGGCACCCUCCGUGAGACGUCGGUGGUGUCGCCGGCCAACACCAACACCCUCAUCAGUUUCAUGUCGUCACCACCGACCAACUCUCCCCUGGACAAUCCUCCACAGUUCGCUCCUCAGAAAGGGUCCAUCAAGGAGUGGCAUCUGCACGGGGUCGGUCCCGACGGCCAGGCCAGUGUUGACUCAUUACGCAGGCAUAUCAUCGGAAAACUUGUAUUUGCCAUUUUCCCGUACAAGAAUCAGUCGUCCGUGGCCGACAAACGGAUGACCAACCUCAUCUGCUACGCCCGCAAAGUGGAGGCGGAAAUGUACGAUCAGGCCAACACCCGGGAAGAAUACUGCCAACUGAUGGCCGAGAAGAUCUACCAAACCCAGAAGGAGCUGCAGGAGAAGCGCCGCAACCGCCAGGAACAGAUCCGGAUGCGUCUUGCGGGGGCGGGCGGGAUGGGUGGUGGCGGCCUGACUUCCGCGCCCGGUAUGGAGCUGCUGGUCCGUCUCCGCAAUUUCAUGCAGGACAUUCCUCAACUGGUAACGGGCGGGGGGAAGAAGGCCAGGACGGAAGACCGCGGCGAGGGGAGGGAAGAACAGCCGGCACAGGACGCUGUGCAGCCCCGAUAAGCGGUCUUCGGGUCAGGACUCAGGAUGCGACAGCCGGGCUUUUGAUAGUAGUGCUUUCUUACUGGGUGGCCGAACAAAAUGUCGGUCUGUUUCUUUGAAGUGUUGCGGGUCCGUCCAGCCUUUAAUUGACUGUUUUCUAGUUUAAUUUGAAAGAGCAGUGUUCGCUCGAUAUAAAAAAUAGGUAUUAAAACGAACAUUGCACAAAGCUAUGAAUUUUUUAUAAAAUCUUCGGAAAAAAAUGGGUGGAGUUGGGGAUGUCCCGGAGACCCAAAUUCAAAUUUGCCCAUUUUUGAAUUAAAAAUUGCCGUUAUUCGACGAAGUAUUUUCAUGGGUAUA